GCGUGCUCUCCGAACCCAACCUAAAUGUACUUGAAACGCUUCGAAGCAUUCAUAGCGGUAACUCGACCGCACCAUUCUCGAUUGAAAAUGUCAGCUUACAAGCCAAAUUCUCGUCAUUUGCGGGAGGUUUUAAUUUUUUGCUUCAAUAUGAAGAAAUCUGCGGCUGAGGCUCAUAGAAUGCUCUCAGAUACGUAUGGUGAGACCGCUAUUAGGGAAAGAACGUGCCGAGAGUGGUUUCAACGCUUCAAGAACGGUGAUUUUGACGUCGAAGACCGGCAUGGCGGUGGAAGAGAGAAGGUUUUCGAAGAUGCAGAAUUGAAGGCAUUACUUGAUCAAGACUCGUGUCAAACGCAAGAAGAAUUGGCAGGAUCAUUGGGAGUGAGUCAACAAGCCAUUUCAAAACGCCUGAAAGUCAUGGAAAUGAUUCAGAAGCAAGAAAAUUGUCAACAUAGAAGACUCGGAUUUCCAAAAAGUCGCCGCAGAAAUUCGACAACAAGAAAAAAUGCACUAUCAAAGAAGACGAGGAAAACGAAGAAUUCGAGGAAAACGAAAAAAUAACGGAAAGAAGGCGACGAUUACUAUUAUGAGAGAUUUAAAAAGCAAUUCGAUUUUGAAUUAGUUUUAUAUAUUUAGCAGACGAUUUUGAAUUAGUCUUAUAUAUUAAUUAUUACUGGUUAUAUUAUACUCUUUGAAUUCAUAUAAGUAAACAUUGAUGAUUUUUUACAUCAGAUGUUUUUUUUAAUUGUAAUUUAAAUUUAAGAAUCAAGAAACAAAAAAAGAAAGUUGAUUUGAGUUUUAUUAAUGUAGUAAAAAAUUUUAUUUAAGGAGAUUCAUGCACGAUCAUAAUUUUAUUACAGAUGGCCCUGCAGAUAGCCAAAUGUCUUGAUGUUGCCAACAAUUGUAUAGCAACUAAUUUAGACAAACUCUGAACAAAAUGAGACAUUAUGUCUGUUAGAUUAAACUCAUAUGAAUUCUAUUUUUAACAAUGGCAAACGUGUGCAACAAAUUGAUAGCAACGUGUCAGCAUUAUUAAUUUGUUAUCAAUUAUUUGUUGUUGCCAUGUUGCUGUUAUAUCACAAACAAUAUAAUGUAUCAUUAUUGCUGAUUGUUUCCUUUUUUAAAUGUUCUCAAUUAAUUGCAUGUAUAUAAAUAAUUAUGUUGCUGAAUUCGUAAUGUGUUUUAUUUUGAUAUCAAUUAACAAAUGUACAACAAAUAUAUAACAACACAUGCAAAAUUAGUUUGCUUAAAAUGCUACAUCACACUUGGUUAUCUGGGUAGCAACACUUUUCUAAAUAUCAAAUGGAAAACAAGGAAUUUGAUGUUUGAAAUAUUUGAAGAAUGGGAUUUACAUUAGGUAGAGACUUUGUAGGAGUAGUUGUAUAAAAAAAAAGGUGUAGGAAACAAACGCAAGCUAAGCGAGAAAAUUUGGGAAGAGAUUUUGGUUGAACAGCAGGAAUGUCAGGCGAAUAAUGUUGUUAACAGUAACUUAGUAAAACAUCUCACAUAGUAUGCAUAACAUAAAUAAUAUGCAGUUGUCAUAAUUUGUACUUUUAUUUAUUUUUUAACUUUGUUCUGCCAAUUAAUCAAUUCAUUUCUUCUCGUCAACUUUUCUUUGCUAAAAGGAGAGCCAGCGUAACCACGAUGUCUCGGCCAAUGGGUAGCAGGGCAUGACAAAAGUAAUUCUAAUUUAUUUUGUUUUUAGCUUUUAAUUUUCUAUUUUUCUUAUUAUUUGAAUUAAACUCGCAGUAAUUGUAAUCGAAUGGCAAGAUGGCGCAAAAUUUGCUAUCGAUCAAGUUGGAGUAUUGGACGACGAGGCGGACGGCGGACGGAGGCUCGUUUUUGAGGUUAGGUUACCGUUACUCGAUCACGAGCGAUCACGAGAUUUAUGAGUACAUAACGUGUUUCGUGACUUCUAACUGUAAAGUGAUCGGAAAGUUUCGCAUUCGAAACGUUUCUCAUGAUCGGCAGCUCCGAUUGCAAAUGACAAGAUCGACAAGUCGUCCCGACAGAGUACUGCUGUAAAGAGAAAAAUGGCUGCGACGGCGAAGACGGUAUUGCCUGAGGAGAGCGAGCUAACCGUUCAGGAGCUGAAUGUUAGCUGGCCGGUGCUACAAACUGCUUCCGUUUACAUCGGCAAGGCCUGUGAAUGGUAUAACAAUGAAUUUAUGUUGUGCAGACAAGAGGAGCGUGACUCACGUCGCUGUCUUAAUGAAGGAAAAGCUGUGACCUCUUGCGCAAUGGAUGUUCUUAAAAAGAUGAAGAAACAUUGCUUAGAAGACUUUAAUGCUUACAUGUACUGCCUUGAGAGAUCAACAGGAACGUUGGAUUUUGCUCCAUGCCGACGGACACAAGCUGCCUUAGACGAUUGCGUUCGUACAAAUUUGAAUAUAGAACGUCCACCAUUUGGAUAUUUUUGUGAAGCAAAAGUUCAUAACACAUCGAGACCGCGACCACCGAAAGAGGAGCCUAUAACAUAUCCUGAUCCAACUCCUGGGCUGCCAGUUGACAUACCACGUGAAAAAUCAAAAUAUAGUAAUCGCAUGUGGUUUAAAUCCUAAAUCUUUCGAUAGACAUCGCAAUAGUACUUUGCUCAUGCUGUGAAGAUUAUGUUUUCAAGACUCUGGACAUCAGGUAACUAGACAACUAUAGGGAAACGAACAUGUGUAAUUUUCAGUGCAUCUACUGAACACAUGUAAAACGUAGAAGCAUUCUUUCGCUAUGAAAACAUAGAAUUGUAUAUGUUCUGUGAAUAUAAAAAUAUUAACAGCAAAAUAAGUGAUAAUUUACUUGAUCAUUGUUGUUACCUUGUACAAAUAUAAAUACGAUAUAAAAUAUACUUUUUGUCUUAA